AUGGUGAUUUAUUCAAUUCUCCUUGGCGGUUUGAAAGUCAGGCCCUGCUCCAACACCACCGAGGUUCACUUGCUGAGGUUUUGGGAGGCCAGAAAUUUGAGGAAAGGCGGUGAGCCCAUGAGUCUAGAUAUGCUCCUCAUCGACGAGAAUGAAAUUAAUAAAAGCCUAUAG